AUGCAGCUGGGCGUGCUGGGCCGCCUGCCGCUGGCGGUGGCGCGGGCGGUGCUGGCGGUGCUGCGCGGGCGGCUGGGCGCGCUGUGCUGGAGCCUGGCGCCCCUCUCCCUGCCCCUCUCCCUGCCCCUGCCCGGCUGGCGGCGGGUCUCGGCCCCCAGCCCCGCCGCCCCGGCCGACCCCCGGCGGGAGCGGGAGCGGGAGCGGGAGCGGGAGCGGGAGUGGGACGACGCGUCCCCGACGCCCACCAGCGUCAAUUACCACUUCACCCGGCAGUGCAACUACAAGUGCGGCUUCUGCUUCCACACGGCCAAGACGUCCUUCGUGCUGCCCCUGGAGGAGGCCAAGCGGGGGCUGGCAAUGCUCAGGGAGGCGGGAAUGGAGAAAAUAAAUUUCUCGGGAGGAGAACCGUUUCUUCAGGACAGAGGCGAAUUUGUAGGCAAGCUGGUCCAGUUUUGCAAGCAGGAGUUGAAGCUACCAAGCGUCAGCAUUGUUAGCAACGGCAGCCUGAUUAAAGAACGGUGGUUCAAGAAGUAUGGUGAAUAUUUAGACAUUCUGGCAAUUUCAUGUGAUAGUUUUGAUGAGGAUGUCAACGUUUUAAUUGGCCGUGGUCAAGGAAAGAAGAACCAUGUGGAAAAUCUGCAUAAACUGAGACAGUGGUGCCGAGAGUAUGCUGUUGCUUUCAAAAUAAAUUCAGUGAUCAACAGAUUUAAUUUUGAGGAAGAUAUGAAUGAGCAGAUCAAGGCACUCAACCCCGUGCGCUGGAAGGUAUUCCAGUGCCUGCUCAUUGAAGGGGAGAACAGCGGUGAGGAUGCCCUGAGAGAAGCAGAGAAAUUUGUUAUCAGCGAUGAAGAAUUUGACCAAUUCCUGGAUCGCCACAAAGAGGUCUCCUGUUUGGUACCUGAAUCUAAUCAGAAGAUGAGGGAUUCAUACCUCAUUCUGGAUGAAUACAUGCGUUUUCUGAACUGUAGAAAUGGACGGAAAGAGCCUUCCAAGUCUAUCCUAGAUGUUGGCAUAGAAGCAGCUAUAAAAUUCAGUGGAUUUGAUGAGAAGAUGUUCCUAAAAAGAGGAGGAAAGUAUGUGUGGAGUAAAGCAGACAUGAAACUGGACUGGUAACUCAAUAUAGUGAGUUAGGGCACAUCCAUUAUGUAAAGAAAAUGGGUUUGUACGUAUGCAUGU